UUCUUCUUCCUCUUCAAGUUGCUUCUCUUCAAAGAAUGAAGGUGAAGUUCGUGGAGGAAGAAAACAUGUUUUUCUCAAUUUUAAAAUAUAAAUUUGAAAAAUUUGUGUUACAUUGUUUUUUUAAAUGGAAAUUUCUAUGCGUUUUUCAAUUAACAUUUUCCGGGUUUCUCAAAUUGUCUUAUUUAAUCGAAACUAUCCAAACUCUCACAAAAAUAUCAAUAGAAACAUAAUUUUUUGGUUUGAAUUUUGAUGAUUUUGAUUUGAGUUUGACUAUGAAGAAAAUCAAAACGCGUGUUUACUCCACAGCUGGACGAACUGGGCCUAAAUGUUGGCCCGGCCCAUUGAUAUAUUGUUUGUCACUGCUCCGGAGACCAUUUGUUUCUUAAUUUCAAAAAGUUUUCAUUUUCUCUAAUUUCAAAACAAAAAUAAAUUUCCCUCAUUCUUCAAGCUCCUGCUUUUUCUCCAAACAACAAAAAUGGCGGUAGAGGCUCUCUUUAAAAAGAUUUUCAGCUGCUGCUUUGGCCAAGAUGAUGAUGAUGAUGAUGAUUCAUUUCUCUAUGGAGUUGCUCUUCUCUUCCAUGAAGAAGAAGUCGUGGCUCAGCACCUUAUUCAUCAUGAUGAUGAUGCUCUUCAAUCUGCAGAAGCUCAUGAUGAUGCAUUUCUCUAUGGAGUUGCUCAACUCUUCCAAGAAGAAGAAGUCGUGGCUCAGCACCUUAUUCAUCAUGAUGAUGAUGCUCUUCAAUCUGCAGAAGCUCAUGAUGAUGCAUUUCUCUAUGGAGUUGCUCAACUCUUCCAAGAAGAAGAAGUCGUGGCUCAGCACCUUGCACUUGUUGUUCCACAGCGUCUACAUCUUAAACCUCGUCUGAAUUUGCCUUCCUUUGCAAGGAAAUUCAAUCCAAAUCGUGUGGGGCUUGCCCAGAAGGUCAACCACACUCCUUCUCAGAAGAAAGAGAACAAUAGAAAACUCACUGCAAAGAAAAUUGCUAAAUUCAAGAAGGACAAAGAAGAAAGCAAGAAGAAAAAAGGAGGUCUUUACCAGGGGAUUGUGUCUCAACAAGCUGAUUGGUAGGAUUAGUAUAAUUCUAUAGGAUGAUAAAAAUAUAUAUAUAUAUAU